AUGGGGGUCGGUGGGUGCUUGGCCCUGCCCUGGAGGUGCCUAGUCGUCCUCUGUCUCAGGCUGCUCUUCCUUGUGCCCGCAGGAGUGCCCGUGCGCAGCGGAGAUGCCACCUUCCCCAAAGCCAUGGACAACGUGACCGUGCGGCAAGGGGAGAGUGCCACGCUCAGGUGCUCCGUGGAUAACCGAGUCACUAGAGUGGCCUGGCUGAACCGCAGCAGCAUCCUCUAUGCCGGCAAUGACAAGUGGUGCUUGGACCCUCGGGUGGUGCUCUUGGCCAACACCAAAACCCAAUACAGCAUCCAGAUCCAAGAUGUGGAUGUGUACGAUGAGGGCCCCUACACCUGCUCCGUGCAGACAGACAAUCACCCCAAGACAUCGCGUGUCCAUCUCAUUGUGCAAGUGUCUCCCAAAAUCACCGAGAUCUCUUCUGACAUCUCCAUCAAUGAGGGUGGCAACGUCAGCCUCACCUGCAUAGCCACGGGCAGGCCAGAUCCAACAAUCACCUGGAGACACAUCUCGCCCAAAGCCGUGGGCUUCAUCAGCGAGGAUGAGUACCUGGAGAUCACGGGCAUCACGCGGGAGCAGUCGGGCGAGUAUGAGUGCAGUGCCUCCAAUGACGUGGCAGCACCCGUUGUCCAGCGAGUCAAAGUCACCGUCAACUACCCGCCGUACAUCUCGGACGCAAAGAGCACCGGGGUGCCGGUGGGGCAGAAGGGCAUCCUGCUGUGCGAAGCCUCCGCCGUCCCCUCUGCCGACUUCCAGUGGUACAAAGAUGACAAGCGGCUGGCUGAAGGACAGAAAGGACUGAAAGUGGAGAACAAAGCCUUCUUCUCCAGACUGACUUUCUUCAACGUCUCUGAGCAGGACUACGGCAACUACACCUGCGUUGCCUCCAACCAGCUAGGAAACACCAACGCCAGCAUGAUCCUCUACGAAGAGACAACUACCGCUCUGACACCCUGGAAAGGCCCUGGCGCAGUGCACGACGGGAACAACGGCGCGUGGCGGCGAGGCGGCUGCGCGUGGCUGCUGGCCCUCCCGCUUGCUCAGCUAGCCCGCCAGUUUUGA